UUCCGUAACAGGAAGAUUCCCUGCUUUUAGUUAAAAGGUGACGGGAGAUGCUUAGGUCCUGGCGAAGUUUCCGGUAAUGAUUGUUAGUGAUUUAGAACUUUCAAAGGCUUCCUUGAAAGUGAACCUCUGUUAUUUUGUUCCUCCAGAGCCGUAAUCUCUGGGGUCGACCUUAAAAAUACAACAGCCAGUUGCUGGAUUAGCGGGAAGAGUCUAUGUGGGAGCAGCAGAGAACUGCAGCUCAGGGCGAGCUCGCUGGAGCAGAAAGGGUGGACCAGCCCAGAGCAGAGGAGAGGGGCUUGUCUGUCCCGGCACCUCCCAGCAGAUAAUUUUGGAAACUGAUGCAGAAGGAAUGGCCGGAAGUUAAAUGAACGUCCGAAGAAGAGCUUAAAGUUUCUUCAGCAACACGCUUUCUAAAAAUAACUUGCUGCCACAAUGUCAGUUAACACCGCACAUAGUAGAAAUGACAGCAAUAUCCUUGGUAUCCCUUCUUCCCCAAAGAGUUCAUCGCUGCCUGUCCUCCCCCACGGUAGCAGGCGGAAGCUGCAUUCAAAGUCGGAAUGUGAAAAUGAUGAUCCGUUAUUGAUAUCCGCAAGUAAAACCAGAGACAUAAAUAGCACUUAUGUUAUCUCUGCCUGUAAAAAAACGGAAGAUACAGACCUUCCCCCUAACCCCGUGGGAAGGUUAACGCUUCAGAGGAGAGUGACAAGGAGCCAAGAAUCCUCUCUGCUUGGUCGUGAGUCGGGAGACACAACUGCAAAAACAGCAGAAACGUGUCUUGUGUUACAACGUCGGGCUAAGACAGGUUCCGUGGAAAAGUGGAAAGCAGCGCAGAAUGUGGGAGGUAAAGGAGAAAACAAUUGUGCUUCACCAGAAACUAGUGUAAAUGUAAAGACUGUAAAUAAUGAUAGAAACUUUCUUGUCACACCUUCUGUACCUUUAGCUGCAGACCCAAAAGACCCUGAAGUGAAGGCUGGCGGAAAAUACAAAGAAACGCUUUCUGCUGUCAGUGGGGCAGACGAAAAUGUCGCCCUGAAGUCCCUAAGUGAUAGACCACCCGCUGGUUCCCAGAGUCAGGCUGAAGCUGUUAGAUCAGGAUGCUUGGCAACAAAACCUAUUCAGAGCAAGUUGGAUAUCAGGGUAUCAGCAACAGGAAGCUUACAUCACAGAAGUGCUGGGAAGGAUGGUGCUAAACCUGCACCUAAAUUUGAAAGCUUAGAGAAAAGAACACCUUCGAAGUGUGUUACAGAGCACAGAUCGACUCCAAAGCGUGGCGUUCCUCAGUUUAAGAGCCCAUCUGCAUCAGUUCUGAAAAACAGGAUGCCUACCCUUCAAGUUAAACAAAGGCCAAAAAGUUCUCUUCUCGCAAAUAAAAGGGAACGGUCACGAGAAAAUAUAUUCCUUCUUGAAGAAGAAACUGCACUUCAGAGAACCUCUACAGAAACAGACCCCCUAAAAGUGGAAAACAGUCAAGUGACGGUGGCAGUCAGAGUCAGGCCUUUCAGCACGCGAGAGAAGAGUGAAGGAACAUCCCAGGUCGUCUUCCUGAACGGGGAAGAAAUAGCUGUGGAACAUCCCAGCAUGAGACAGGCGUACCGUUUCGUUUACGAUCUUUCCUUCUGGUCCGUUGACGAGUGUCAUCCCCGCUUCGCGAGCCAGACGGCCGUGUACGAGGCCCUGGCAGCUCCGCUCCUGGGACAGGCCUUCGAAGGCUUCAACACCUGCCUCUUCGCUUACGGUCAGACUGGCUCUGGAAAGUCCUAUACGAUGAUGGGAUUUAGUGAAGAACCAGGAAUAAUUCCAAGAUUCUGUGAAGGUCUUUUUGCUGAAAUAGCCAAAAAACAAACCCAGGAGGUCAGCUAUCACCUUGAAAUGAGCUUCUUUGAAGUAUAUAAUGAAAAAAUUCACGACCUUCUGGUUUGUAAAGGUGAAAAUGGGCAGAGAAAGCAAACACUGAGAGUGCGGGAGCACCCGGCCUCCGGCCCCUACGUCGAGGGCCUGUCCACGAAUGUUGUCAGCUCUUACUCUGAUAUCCAGAUUUGGCUGGAACUGGGAAAUAAGAGGAAGGCAACUGCGGCCACUGGCAUGAAUGAUAAAAGCUCCCGCUCUCACUCUGUGUUCACCCUCGUGAUGACCCAGACCAAGACAGAAUUUGUGGAAGGGGAAGAGCUGGAUCACAGAAUUCGGAGCCGCAUAAACCUGGUGGACCUGGCGGGCAGUGAGCGCUGUUCUGAGACCCAGACGAGCGGGGAGCGGCUGAAGGAAGGCGUGAGUAUUAACAAGUCCCUGCUGACCCUGGGAAAGGUCAUAUCCGCGCUCUCCGAGCAAGCCAGCGGGAGGAGAACAUUCAUUCCUUACCGCGAGUCUGUCCUCACAUGGCUGCUGAAGGAAAGUCUGAGCGGGAACUCCAAAACGUCCAUGAUCGCCACGGUCAGCCCGGCGGCCAGCAGCGUGGAGGAGACGCUGAGCACGCUGAGGUACGCCACGCAGGCCCGGAUGAUAGUCAACGCCGCCAGGGUCAACGAGGACGUGAGCGCCAGGUUAAUCAGAGACUUGAAAGCAGAAAUUGAAAAGUUAAAAGCUGCUCAAAGAAACAGUCAGAACGUUGACCCUGAGCGAUAUAGGCUCUGUCGGCAAGAAAUAACAUCCUUGAGAAUGAAGCUGUAUCAGCAGGAGAGAGACAUGGCAGAAAUGCAAAGAAUGUGGAAAGAAAAACUUGAACAAGCUGAAAAAAGAAAACUUCAAGUAACAGAGGAGUUACAGAAAGCAGGAAUUACAUUUCAAAUGGACAACCGUUUGCCAAACCUGGUCAAUCUCAACGAAGACCCUCAGCUGUCGGAGAUACUGUUAUACAUGAUAAAAGAGGGAACAACUACGGUCGGAAAGUAUAAACCAAACUCGAGCCGUGACAUUCAGCUGUCGGGGGUGCUGAUCGCCGACGAGCACUGCACUGUCAACAAUUGUGAUGGGACAGUGAGUAUCACCCCGGCUGGGGAAGCAAAGACGUACGUAAACGGAAGGCUUAUUCUGGAACCCACGGUAUUACACCACGGUGAUCGCGUGAUCCUUGGUGGCGAUCAUUAUUUUAGAUUCAAUCAUCCAGUAGAAGUCCAGAAAGGGGGAAGACCGCCCAGUAGAGAUACUCUUGUGAGUGAGGGUCCAAGAGACUUUGAAUUUGCAAAAAACGACUUGCUCUUGGCACAGAGAUUACAACUUGAAGCAGAAAUAAAGGAGGCGCAGUUGAAAGCAAAGGAAGAAAUGAUGCAGGGAAUCCAGAUCGUGAAAGAAAUGGCUCAGCAAGAGCUUUCCUCCCAAAAAGCUGCGUACGAAAGCAAAAUAAAGGUCCUGGAAGCGGAACUGGAAGAAGAAUGUCAAAGAAAGAAGAUACAGGAAAUAAAUAACCAAAAGGCUAAUUCCAAAAUUGAGGAACUAGAAGAGGCAAAGCGGCGUUUUGAACAGGAAAUAUAUGUCAACAAAAAGCGGUUAGAAAUGGAGACUUUGGCUACAAAACAGGCUUUAGAAGACCACAGGAUCCGCCAUGCAAGAAUUCUGGAAGCUUUAGAAACCGAGAAACAAAGGAUUGCUAAGGAAGUACAAAUUCUACAGCAAAAUCAGAGUAAUAGGGAUAAAACUUUCACAAUUCAGCCCAGUUGGAGCUCCAUGAAACUCUCCGUGAUGAUUCAGGAAGCCAAUACCAUCAGCAACAAGUUAAAACAGAAUUAUGUUUUUGCCAGACAUGUAUCAGAUAAAGGAAGUAGUUCUGACACUUGUAUUCAGAUUCGUAACCCGCAGCUAGGGGUCUCAACAGUCUGGAGUCUGGAAAAGUUUGAGUCUAAGCUUGCGGCAAUGAAAGAACUUUACGAGAGCCAUUGUAGUAACAAGGGUGAAGAUGUGUUUUGCGACCCUGAAGAUGAAUGGGAACCCGACAUCACAAAUGUUCCAGUGUCUUCGUUUUCCAGAAGGAGGAGCAGGGGUCUGAUGAAGAACAGGAGGGUUUCCAGCUGUCUGCACGGCCUAGAGGCCCCCGCCGUCCAGGAGCUGCAUUCUCCACGCUCCUCAGGCUUAGUGGGGAAGUCGAGCCCCGUGUUCCCAGAUUCCGCAGAAUCCUUUUUUCCCGGAGUUUGCAAGGAAUUGAUUGGCUCAUCGUUAGCGCUUCUGGGACAGAGUGAUGAUGAAGAGAGCGGUGUGGCGGACAGCUUGAUUAGUAAUUUCCUUAAAAUCCACGACGGGAUCCUCGCCGUGUCCAGAGCUCAUGAAGAACAGGACGAAGACGGUCAGAGCAGCUUGUUCUCUGCUCGCGCGAACCAGUCGCUCGCGGUGCGGGUGGCCGGCGCCUUCGGGCGGCUCGUGGCGCUGACGCAACACGGGCUGAGUGGCGUCCCCCCCGGGGCCGGCGCGGGGGCUUCGCCGGCCGAGCUGAGACGGGCAGUGAGGAAGCUGGGCGGCUGCUUGCAGCUGUUUCUGCAGGGGUGCUCUUCAGAUAUUUCAUCAAUGGUGAAAGAGGCGCGAAGGCAAGUGAUCCACGUUGUACACCAAGCCGUCGAGUGCGCGGGGCGGCUCGCGGCUCUCAGCGGGGACCAGCUGCGCUCCCUGGAGGGCGGUGACGGCGCGGCUGCCAGCCUCCAGGAUGAUUUCAUGGGUGCUGUUUGUGAUGGUGUAAGCUUGGGAAUGGAGAGUCUCCUAGAUUCUGGACUAGAAAAAGCAAAAGAACUUGAGCGUGAGCUCCGAAGGCAGAGUCCCCAAGAUGAGGUCACCAAACAGAUGAAAGCUAAUGCCAUAGGAUUGAUUGAAUCUCUUGAAAACGUCUUUGCUGAGUGGAAAACAAAAAGCUUCAGAACUCAAGUACGAGAAGAAAAUUCUGGAUACCAAGAUCUGAAGAAGAUGCUUAAUUUUGCCCCAGAAUUCUUGAAGUUAAAACAUUGCUUAGAGCAAACUAUUCAAAUUAUUAUCUCUGCGCUGAGAGGGCCCCGCGGCCACGUGGCACUCCUCCAGGACUGUGUCCAGAGUCUCUGCAGCUCCGCCAGGGGUCUCCACGGCGACCGCGCCCGCCACGGGGAGCUGGAAGCUCGAGCGACCUCACUCCUCUUGGGUUUUGAAUUCGAAGAGAGACCUGCUUUGCUGGCGCCCUGGGAAGCUUGUGAUUGGGACCCCAGGGCGGCGGGACAACAGCAGCCUGAGCCGGACAGGCCCGGCCCCCGGAGGCCCCGAGCUGCACCCAGGCGGGCGUAUGAGCUCCCGGGCCCGGCCCCGGCGGGCUCAGAGCAGGGUGUGCCGCCCGCCCGGGAGGGCGCUGGUCCGGGCUCUCCCACCGCCGGAGGGCCGAGGGAGCGCUUCCCAGACAGCUAG